AGAAUAAAGGAGUACAGCGAGACCGACCAGGAAGCGCCGUGGAAGAACACGGAGUACACGCCUUCGAAGGAGUGGCCUAAGCACGGUCGCGUCGACUUCAAGGACUUCAAGGUCCGCUACAGGGAGGGACUGGAUCUCGUGCUGCACGGUUUGACGUUCAGCGUACUCGGCGGCGAGAAGAUCGGCAUAGUGGGCAGAACCGGCGCCGGAAAGUCGUCCCUGACAUUGGCGCUCUUCAGAAUAAUCGAGGCGGCCCAGGGCAAGAUCUUGAUUGACGACGUCGAUAUCUCUAAGCUGGGUCUUCACGAUCUGCGCUCGAGGUUGACCAUCAUUCCUCAGGAUCCCGUAUUGUUCUCCGGAACGCUAAGGAUGAAUCUGGAUCCUUUCGAUUGCUAUUCCGACGAGGAAAUCUGGAGGGCGUUGGAGCACGCUCAUCUGAAAUCGUUUAUAGAAAACUUGCCAAGCGCUCUUUUACACGAGGUUACUGAAGGCGGAGAGAACUUAAGCGUGGGGCAACGACAGCUGAUCUGUUUAGCGAGAGCGUUACUUAGAAAAACGAAAGUUCUCAUAUUGGACGAGGCAACAGCCGCGGUUGAUUUGGAGACAGAUGAUUUAAUUCAGACCACCAUCCGCCAAGAAUUUAAGGAUUGUACAGUUUUGACAAUAGCCCACAGGCUCAACACUAUUUUAGAUUCCGACAG